AAUCAAUGUACCUAUAGAAAUAAAAAACAAAGUAAAUUCAAGAAGACAGAAAAUUGCCUAUAAAAGUAUCGAUUAGAAUUCGACCAUUGUUGAAGAAGGAGUAAGGUUAGGAGACAAUCAUCAAAACUGAAAAUGUAUAAGUUAACAAUCCUAUUUUUAAUUAGAAAAAAUUUGUUGUCAUCGAAUAGUCAACUCAGAUAUUUAAAUAGGAAUUUGAUAGGGUUUUUGAUGAGGCAUCCCUCCAAGUGGAAAUUUAUAAUAAUUUGAAUGAUUGUAUCAAGUAAGCAUUUGAUGGAUUCAAUGGAACCAUUUUAGCAUACGGUUAAACUGGUAGUGGUAACAUAUUUGAUUAAAUAAAGGAAAAACCUAUACUAUGUUUGGUAGCGAUUGGGAGUCGCAAAUGAAUUUUGGAUUGAGCCAUUAAGCAACUUACUGUGAUGAUUUAAAAAAUGACAUCUCAUUUGCUGGAAUUAUUCCUAGAGUUAUCUUCGGAAUAUUCAAUAACAUGCCAUCUAAUUUUUAUAUUUAUUGUUCAUUUCUUUAAAUCUAUAAUGAGAAGAUCUAUGAUUUAUUGUAAGAUCACAAGUUACCAGUGCCUUUGAAUUUGCACGAAAGCAAAUUGGAUGGAAUAUAUGUGGGUAAGCUUAAAUUUUAGUAUAUAGAUCUAUUAAUUUUUAGAGAAUUUAACAGAAUACGCUGUCAAUAAUUAUUAUGAUUGUUUAACUCUGAUGAAAAGAGGAGAGAGAAAUAGAAUUAUUCGAUAAACUACUAUGAAUUUAAAAUCCAGUAGAAGUCACACUAUAUUUCAACUAAUUAUUGAGACCAACAAGGUUGAUAGAAAUGGAGUUCUGUUUAAAUCGAAGUUAAAUCUAUGCGACUUGGCAGGCUCAGAAAAAAUAAACAAAUUAGAAGCCCUUACUAAUGCUCAUUUUAUUGAAUUAAAGAAUAUCAAUUAAUCAUUAACGACAUUGGGUAAAGUAAUAUAAAAUUUAUCAUAAAACAAUAAAAAUAAACAGAAAUUACCUAUUCCAUAUAGAGAAUCUAAAUUGACAAGGUUAUUGCAGGAUAGUUUAGGUGGAAACACUAUGACUCACAUCAUUGUCAAUAUUGCACCAAACAUUUACAAUAUUGAUGAAACUGUCAGUAGUCUUAAGUUUGCAUAGAGAGCAAAGAAUGUAACUAUUCAAGUUUAACCAAAUAAAUUUAAUGCGAAUGAUUAAGUCUUAGUUAACAAAUUAGUAAAGGAAGUAAUUUUAAUAUUGGUAUAAUUUAGAUUGAUUACUUGAAAUCGUUAUUAAACAUGAAGAGAAGUGGAUUAAAUUAAAAUGAUUUACACUUCAAGUUGAUGAAAAUGCAAGAAGAAAAUGAAAGAUUAAGAGAAGGUUAAUUGAGUAAUGAUGAAGUAGAAAAGAUUAUUUAAGAGAAUAGAAAAAUGAAAGAAGAAUUAUAAAAAUUGCAAUAAUAGUCUUCCUUUGGUGAUCAAUCAGAAUCAAAUUCCAUUGUGAAGAAAAUGCACAGUGAUGAAGGGUUUGUUUCUGAUGUCACAACAGAAAGAAGACCUUUAGCUUAUAAUGGGAUGUUUAUUAUCAGCAAUCCUUCAAAUCAAUAGAAAACAGAAGUUUAAGUGAGAUUCAAAGAUGGACGAAACAGAGUAUAAAUGAAGAAAGGUUAUGUCGAAAUAAGUGAGCAAUAAGAAUAAAGACAGAAACGAUUUCUGAGUGAAAAAAGAAGAGUAAUAGAAAGAUUAUAGUAUCUUGAAUAAUUACAAGUGAAAAAUGAAAUGACUUAUUCAUUACUAUCUUCCCCAAGUCAUUUCCAUAGUUUUUAAUAAAAUGAUGAAAAAAAAUCAGUAAAAUAUCGAUUUCUAGAAAAAUAGUUGAUUUAGAAGUAAUGA